AUGGCCAACUAUCAACUUUAUCGCAAUACAACAUUAGGUGUUACAUUACAGGACACUCUAGAAGAAAUGAUUUCGCAAGGUGCAUUGACUGAUCAAGCGGCUGGUAAGGUUUUAAGUGAAUUCGAUCGAUCAAUUAAUUUAGCACUCGAUAAACGAAUUAAUAAAAAAGGAAAAUUAAGCACAUAUCGUUUUUGUGACAAUGUUUGGACACUUGUAUUAAAAGAUUUUAAUGUUAAAGAUUCUAAUCAAAGUCAACAUAAUACAGCAGCUCCUUCUUCACAAAUACCUCCUGUCGAUAAAGUUAAAAUUGUAGCAUGCGAUGGAAAAAGUGCUUCACAAGCUUAA